AUGACAAGUACAGUCGCAUCUUCAAAGCUGAAGCUGAAAUUUAAUGGACACACAGAAAGAGUGACAGAUUUAAAAAUACAAGAAGAGAACGGGAAGAAGAUACUAUACACCGCCUCUCGGGACAAGACCAUAAAGGGAUGGGAGUUUGUUGCAGAUGCCACAGGCGAGCUUAUGGCUAAGCUUUCCAAAGUGUUUACUGGGCACGGUGGAUUUGUAAACUCAAUCUCUCUGGCCAAGUCUGGAAAGUACUUGAUCUCAGUGGGAGCAGACAGCACAAUUAGAUCAUGGCCCAUCACUAUAGAAGAGACAAAGAAGCACGCAGAGCAUGCAGAGAAGGCAUACUGCGGACUUGCACACUCCACUGGAACCGAGGAAUCCUCCCAGGAGUACAUUUUCACUGGAGGAGUAAAGCCAGUUCUUAAUGUAUGGAAUGCAAAUCUUGAGCUUAAGAAGCAGCUUAAGAGAGAGGACAACGAGGUGGCAUACAUUACUGUUAUAAAGGCCAUACCAAAGAAGCCAGAAACAAUCAUCUGCGCAUACUCUGAUGGUGCUAUUGUUAUGUGGAACAUAGAAACAGGAAAGAUUGAAAGCUCUAUGAAGGGACACUCCUGCAUCAUUGACUCACUCGUGGUCAGCCCAGAUGGCUCUCUUUGCGCAACUGCUGGAAGAGACAAGACUGUCCUCCUCUGGGAUCUGAAGGAGAAUGGAUCUAACAGAUGCGAAAUAUCUACAGGAGAUACUGUUAACUGCUUAGAGUUCGCACUUUCUGCAUACUGGCUUGCAGCAGGCACUGAAACCUCCAUUAUGAUAUGGGACAUUCUUGAGAGAGAUGUGGUUGUUGAAAUACCACAUCCUGAAGACUGUAAAGGAUCAUGCACUGCCAUUGGAUGGAUUGAUGGAUUCACUCUGGUUGCUGGAUACUCUGAUGGAACUGUUAGACAAUACACUGUUGAUGUUGAGCAGUAAUUAAGUUAAAGGGCGCAUGAAUAAAUGACAUGCAC